AUGAGAAAUUUCUUUUCCCUCUUGGCCAUAGCAGCGAUGCCUCUUCUCGCAAAAGCCGAUCCACUGGAAGAGCUUUUAGACGAGUACAUGGCACAACCGGUUUAUUUCCAAAAGGUACCCUCUGAGUUCCAAGGCUUCCGGAGCAAGGUGCACGAAAAACGCGCGCAAAGUAUGCAUCCCGACCAGCUCUUCCAGAUGUACCAGAAUAUGCUCAUCUAA